AUGAACGGAUUUGAAAAGCAUGACCUCGACGAGCACAACUUUGGCGCCAAGGGCAGCGUCGUCAGCGCAUUUGACGCCUUCCCAAAAUCCAAGCCUGAAUACAUCACCCGCACUGCCGGCGGUGGCAAAUGGACUGUCGCCAUUAUCUUCAUCUCCCUCAUCCUCAUGGGCUCUGAGGUCGGACGCUGGUGGCGCGGCGAGGAGACGCACAACUUUGCGGUCGAGAAGGGCAUCUCCCACGAAAUGCAAAUCAAUCUCGACAUCGUCGUCAACAUGCUUUGCAACGACCUUCAUAUAAACGUCCAGGACGCAUCGGGAGACCGCAUUCUCGCUGCCUCCCGACUUCAGCGCGACCCGACCACUUGGUCCCAGUGGGUUGGCGCCGAUGGCGUCCACAAGCUCGGCCACGACGCCCACGGUCGCGUCAACACCGGUGAGGGCUGGACCAGCCUCUCCAGCAUGAAUGACGAGGGUUUUGGUGAAGAGCACGUCCACGACAUCGUCGCCCUCGGUAAGAAGCGCGCCAAAUGGAGCAAGACCCCGCGUUUCUGGGGUACCGCUGACAGCUGUCGCAUCUACGGCUCGCUGGACCUCAACAAGGUUCAGGGUGACUUCCACAUUACUGCUAGAGGACACGGCUAUAUGGAAUUCGGCCAGCACCUGGAGCACGACCGAUUCAACUUUUCCCACGUCAUCUCCGAACUCUCAUAUGGCGCCUUCUACCCGUCCCUCGUCAAUCCCCUCGACCGCACCGUCAACACCGCCUCUGCUCACUUCCACAAGUUUCAGUACUACCUCUCCGUUGUUCCCACCGUUUACAGCGUCGGUCGCAGCGCCAUCCAAACCAACCAGUACGCGGUGACUGAGCAGAGCAAGGAAAUUGACGAGCACUCUGCCGUCCCUGGCAUCUUUGUCAAGUACGAUAUUGAGCCCAUCCUGCUCACCGUUCAUGAGUCGCGUAACAGCUUUCUCGUGUUCCUCAUCAAGCUCAUCAAUGUCGUCAGCGGUGUGCUCGUCGCCGGUCACUGGGGCUACACCCUGUCUGGGUGGUUCGUCGAGGUACUGGGCAAGAGGCGGCGGUCCAGCGGCGGCGAGGGCGUCCUAGGUACUAAAGGCGGCUACGAUGACUAG